CUCUCUGCCAUCCUGACAUUUGUCAUUCACAUAUCUGUCAAACAAAAUAUCGUGGAAUUUCGUCAAAAUGGCGUCUUUAUCGAGCUUAUUACCAGCUCCAGUACAACAAGUAUGGGACAGAGAUGACGAAUUGAAAGCUAAGCGUGUGGGCAGUGCUUUAGUUGUAUCACAAACUAGCAUCCCGCCUUAUGGUCAGAGGAAGGGUUGGAUACCUAGAGCAGAGGAAGACUUUGGAGAUGGAGGUGCAUUCCCUGAAAUCCAUGUGGCUCAGUACCCACUGGGUAUGGGAGCGAGGGGUAAGGAGAGCACUUCCAAUGCGUUAGCUGUUCAACUGGACGAGUCUGGUAAAGUCAAGUACUCAGCUAUAGCGAGGCAAGGUCACGGUGCUGAUAAGAUAAUCUAUUCAAAACUUACGGACUUACUGCCAUCGGAGGUUUUGGCUGAGGAUGAUCCAACUCUACAGAAACCAAGUGAAGAUGACAUUCAAGAUAUAACAGAAAAAACGAAACUCGCUUUAGAGAAAUUGACAAAUGCUAAAAUAUCAGCUGCAAUGCCUGUCAAGGCUGCUCCGAAAGCUGCUCCUGCACAAUACAUACGUUACACUCCUGCUCAACAAGGGGGUGCUUUCAACUCAGGUGCAAAACAGAGAGUUAUUAGGAUGGUGGAGGCGCAGGCGGACCCCAUGGAGCCCCCGCGCUUCCAGAUCAACCGCAAGAUCCCGCGCGCCGCGCCCUCCCCGCCCGCGCCCGUGCUGCACUCGCCGCCGCGCCGCGUGUCCGUCAAGCAGCAGCGCGACUGGAAGGUGCCGCCCUGCGUGUCGCACUGGAAGAACGCCAAGGGAUACACGAUACCGCUGGACAAGCGUCUAGCUGCGGACGGUCGUGGUCUCCAACAAGUACAUAUAAACGAGAACUUCUCGAAGUUGGCCGAGGCGUUGUACAUCGCUGAUCGGAAAGCGAGAGAAGCGGUAGAAGCGAGAGCGCAACUUGAGAGGAGACUGGCGCAGAGAGAGAAAGAAAAGAAGGAAGAGCACUUGAGAAUGUUAGCUCAGAGGGCGAGAGAUCAUAGAGCGGGUAUCCGCAGUCCAUCUGCCGGAGCAACAGAAGGUCUGGGGAGUGAGGAGCUGGAGCCGCCCGGCGACAUGUCGGCCGCAGAACGAGAGAAACUGAGGAACGAGAGGCACAGGGAGAGACAGAGAGACAGGAAUUUAGCCCGCGCCGCACCUGAUAAGAGAUCUAAGUUAGUGAAGGACCGCGAGAGAGACAUAUCUGAACAGAUAGCAUUAGGUCUUCCAGCGAAACCUACCCAAGGCGGCGAGGCGAUGUUCGACCAACGGCUCUUUAACAACAGCAAAGGAAUGGAUAGCGGGUACGGCGAUGAUGAAGCGUACAACGUGUACGACAAGGCGUGGCGUAACCAAGACACUGUGGGGGCUCAUAUCUAUCGGCCCUCCAGAAACGCGGACAAGGAUAACUACGGCGGAGACCUGGAAUCACUCGCAAAUAGCAAACGAUUCGUGGCAGACAAGUCGUUCGCGGGUACAAGCAGCACCAACACACGUUCCGGACCCGUUCCCUUUGAAAAGGACACCCCUCGAGAGGAACCUUCCCGCUCGCAGUCCGACGCCGACUUCGAUCCGUUUGGUCUGGAUCGUUUCUUGAGCGAAGCCAAGAGAGCCGACAAGUCUUCCCGGAAACGUGACCAUCACGAGCCACACGCCAAGAAACGAAGGGAGUGAAUAGUGUACAGGUUGUUUACCAUAUAGAUAUUCUAAUAAAUGAAACGCUUGAGACGUUGGUCAAAUUUGUUUGUACGUAACGCUAGGAACUGUUUCUUUUAUCUUAAUUUAGGUUGUCGUCUUGUCGGAGCGCUGUAUAUUAUGUAGAUUUGUAAUAAAAUUAUCAGUUUGAAA